AUGGAAAUUGUUUUGAGAUUUGUUGAUAAAUAUGGUUUUAUAAAAGAUACCACGUCAGCAACUUCGAAAGAAGAAAUUUGUAUUGUCCUUUCUCGUCAUAACCUUGCAAUUAAUAUAGUUGGCUCAUCUUGUAAAAGACAUGAUCAAUUAAGAGCUACUCAAGCUGCAGAUAUUGUUGAAAUGCUUGCCAUUGAUGAUGAAUUCGAGUCUGGUAAAGUAAAAAAUCAGAUUGGAACAUUGAAACGGGUUAAAGAUACUCGAUGGGGUUCUCAUUUGGGUUCCAUUUGUAGUUUGAUAAACAUGUUCAGUGCUACUUGUGCAGUCCUAAGAAACAUAAUUAAUGAUGAAAGCAAAUUGAAUCAACGAGCUGAGGCAAAUGGAGUUUAUGAUUCCAUUACAUCUUUUGGGUUUGUCUUUAACUUACAUCUUAGGAGGGAUAUCAUGGAGAUUACUGAUGAUUUUUGUCAAGCUUUGCAAAGUAAAUCUCAAGAUAUAUUAAAUGCAAUGCAUUUGGUAUCUACAACGAAGAUACUUAUUAAAAAAUUUAGAGAAUAUGGAUGGGUUCCAUUAUUGGAGAAAAUUAAAUUAUUUUCUAGUGAUUAUGGUAUACAGAUUCCUGAUAUGAACUGUCCUUAUAAAGGAGGCCGAGGUCGGUCUCGUUCUGAAAGAGAUCAGCUCACCGUGGAACAUCAUUUUCAAGUUGAUAUUUUUAUGGUUACAGUUGAUUCUCAGUUACAAGAAUUAAACAAUAGGUUUAAGGAAGAUGUAAUGGAAUUGCUUGUUCUUAACUCAGUUUUGGAUCCUAGGAAUGGUUAUAGAUCAUUCAAAAUUGAGGAUAUUUGCAAUCUUGCAAAUAAAUUUUAUCCUAUGGAUUUCACCGAGCUAGAAAAAUUGCAUUUGAAGUAUCAGUUGAAAAACUAUAAACUUGAUAUUUCCAUACUUCCCGAGUUUUAG